AGGCCCCUUUCCCCGCCCCUUUCCUGCAAACCCAGAUGUUCACGCUUAAUUGACGUAGCUCGUAGCAUCAUUUGUUCAUCAAAGUUGUAGGUUUACAAAAACACCGCUCGAUGAAGAGUCAUACUCUCACACUUUUUCACCUGUUUUAUUCUAGCUGUUCGAUCUUCUUACAGUGAUGUCCAAUCUUACUGCCAUAGGAGCUACAACAGCAGCGGCAUCUACUCCCGCGAUGAUAAUGAAAAACCUCACCACUUCGCAAAUCCGUGCGAUUGCGGAGCUUCUGGACUCGCCGGAAACCAAGCAGCAGGUGCGACAAGAAGGAACCGCGGAUCGCCGGGUCGCGGAGUGCUUCAGUACAGUUCUGAAGAAUCCGAUAGAGAAUUACAGCAGCGGUACUUCUGGCCAGCACGGGGAGGAAAUCGAAGUCGAAGUCGAGCCUACACUUGAAUUAUUUCCUCACAACUUCACCGCGGCAGAAUGGCGAUCCUGGGUGAUCUCGCAGAUGAAAAAUUCCCGACCGGGUGUUCCAGAAGAAGCUGCGACAUCAAUCACGACCGACGCAGAACUGCUCUUAACCGACGAACUGGAGCUCUUGGCGCAGCGGGUGGGGAAAAUUCAAAACUACGCGGAUUUCAACGCAGUGAAUGAUUACAAGAAGGAUGACGAACUACUUGGUACGGAGAAAGUGCGAAGGGAGCGGGAGACUGAGUUUUUGCAGGAAUUACAGCAGCGGUUUGCUCUGUUCCUCUCAGCCGGAGCUGCAUCUGAUGUUGAGAAAAACGAGGACCGCGCGGCGGGGAGCCGUGCUGCUGGCAACUAUGCGAGACCACGACCAACAAGAACUGCAGUGGAGGCGCAGCGACAGCUGUACGUUGAGUUUCUAAUCAAGUGCUUCGAAGAGGAGUGUCGAAAGCUGUUCAAUGGAAUGAAAGACGCCGCCGCCGUUUCAGUCACCCGUUUAAAAGAAGACAGUCAAGAAGAACAAGAACUCCAUGCGGAAAAUUAUACUAGAAGCGGCAAUUGCUUCUUUGGCCUGCGGAUUCGGAAUCUUUCCCUGCCGAGGUUGUUUCCCGUGAGCGUUGAGGUUGACAAUGAUAAAACACCAGAGCUGGAAUCAGACAAGCAAAAGCGGAAGCAAAAUAUCAUCACCCUCCUCGAACUGCUGCUCACCCACUGCGGUGUGGUUUGUUUUGAGAACCAAAAUGACUUCACGCCCGUAUCCUGAGCAAAAACGUCCCCACCCCUAGAUUCUCAUGCAAAUGCGCAAUAACGGGAACAUUUGUGAUGCGCAUCUCGAGGAGAGGCGACUCCAGACGUGUUUUGGCAUCUGUAAUGCUGUAAACAGGAUUAGAAAAUGGCUUUCUCAUGCGGCUUUCCUAGCUAACCAGCACUACCCUGCAGCUAGCUAACCAGCACUACCCUGCAGAUGGAAACUUGCCAUGCACAACUCCCAAAACUUGCAGAUUUGUGUUGCAGAUUGACCAACUUGACUAUGGGGUGGGAACGUUUUUGCUCAGGAUGCCCCGAAGAACAUGUGAAAGCCUGUGAGCUGUUCGGCGGAAGGAAAGCCCACUCCACUCACUCCGUCCACUCGUUAUCCCCGAGUCGCCACAUCUUUCGAUUGUCGAAUGAUCAGAAAUUAGGUAUAACAAACGUCGGCCCCCAGUGGCACAACGAUGGGAGCUUUGAGCGCAAAAUUUUUUCGCAUGUGGGUUGGUUUAUGGUGCAGGCGCCCGAGAGGAACGGGGAAACCUGGUUUGCCGAUACGCAUGAGGCUUAUAAGAAGUUGACGGAGGAAGAGAAGUACGCAUUGCAAAAGUAUCGUAGUAGUGCAAAUCGCAUGACAAGUUUUUCCUAGAAGAAAAAUGAAAGUUGUCAUGCAGAUUCAGAGAAGAAAGCAGAUCUGUAAUGCAAGAGUUGCAUUUGCACGAGUGCGAUACUUCUGCACAGGAUGAGAAGGAGUAUUGGGAGCGGCUUUUUUCCGUAAAUGCCACCAGCGGGGUAGUCCACCCGAUGGUGUACCGGCACCCGCAGAAGAUGAAAAGUAGCUUUGUGCCCCAUGCGGCGGCAAGGAAAAAAGUCGCCGACGAAGAAGAUACGGCAGAAAUAACAGACUAUGUGAACAAGCACGUCUACCUCCAUUUGGGCAUGACGGGCGGUAUCGUUGAGUCAACACCUGUAGAAGUCGACGACGUAGUUCUUGUCCACGAUCAUUCUGACAAAGCAGGUCAACAAGAAAUACUGUCUCCCACCUCGUACACCCACCGACUGUUGACGAAGCCAGAAAUGGAAAAGAUUUUCCAUCGGUAUAACGAGUUGCUAAAUUCGAUUUGCUACAAGCACUUCUACCGCACCAACGAUUUUGUUUUGAUCAACAAUUUGACCGUGGCGCACCGGGCGGACGCCACGGCGAAUGCGGACUUGGUGGAGAAGAUUGGGUUGAGAAUUCUGCACCGAGUCACGGUCAGAGGGACGGAAGAUAUCGACCCGAGCGUGUGUGGUGUUGAAGGUGAUUUGUCGUGCAAGGUUGCUGUCAAGACCGACUUGCCGCACACACUAGACAUCUACAAGGCAAAUCCGUUUAACGAAGACGGGGUUUGGGUCAGCGGCGGCUUGGGAUUUCGGUGGGACGAGAAUAUCAAGAUGCAGAAUUGAGCGCGGCAUUGUUUGAAGAGCAGUAAUUAGUGCGAAACCUGUGUUGCCACACUGAACUUGUGAAGAUGAAAAAACAAUCUGUUUGUUUUUUGUGCGAGAAAAUGUUUUUUCGAGAAGCAACGAGAAAAUGAAAAUCUCGAAUGGAACAAUUUGAACAUUUUCUGAAACUGUCGACAGUCUUUUGGGGAAUAUCAAUCAAUGCAACCGGACCAAGAAAUGAAUUCCUUCGCGUGUUCAUAUGGUCGGUCCAACAAAACCCAGUGAAGUUCGAUUGUAGUCACAAAAGUAGAAGAACUUCUAGAAAAACUAAUUCCUGUGUGUAAGAUAAAGCUAAUCACCGUGAUGAGCGGCAGAUCCACUUACUUUACUUCGUUUCAUAAACACUACCCGAGUGUCAGCAAACACGGCCGCAAU